CACACACACUGGAUGCAGAAACACUGGAAUGCUUGCGUGGAUGCUGCAAUAAUAUGGACUUUAAAAUGAAUGUUCUACUGGUACUUUUCGCCUUUUUGUUUUUUAGCAUUGAUAUCACUCAGGGAUUUAACGUGGGGACUUCAGGAGCUAAGAUCUUCUCAGGGUCAGCAGCAGAACAGUUUGGCUACACUGUACAACAAUUCAGCAAUGCACAAGGAAAAUGGCUCCUGGUGGGUUCUCCAUGGAAGGGAUACACUCAAAACCGAAAGGGAGACAUCUAUAAGUGUGAGAUUAACAAACCUGGAACCAGCUGUCAGGCACUGAACCUUCAGAAUACUGUCAAUGUGCCAACCGUCUCCAACAGCAACAACAUCAACAUGAGUCUAGGUCUCACUCUCACUCGAACAACCAAAAACGGCGGGUUUAUGACGUGUGGUCCUCUUUGGGCCCAGCUCUGUGGCAGUCUGUAUUUUUACCCAGGAAUCUGUGCUGACGUGAGUUCACAGUUUUCACUCCAGUCAGCCUACUCCCCUGCCAUUCAAAAGUGUGGCAGUCUAAUGGACAUUGCCAUUGUUUUGGAUGGCUCCAACAGUAUAUAUCCUUGGGAACCAAUAGUUGAUUUCCUCAUGAAACUGUUAGAAAGCUUAGAUAUUGGACCUCAAAGCACUCAGGUCAGUGUAAUGCAGUAUGCUGUUGAUGCCUCCUUUGAGUUCAAUCUGAAUUCUUAUAAGACAAAAGAGGCCAUGAUUAAAGCCAGUUCAAAUAUUAAGCAGAAAGAAGGAUUAGAGACAAAUACAUUCAAAGCCAUUGAUUUUGCCAGACAAAAUGCAUUCUUAACCAGCAAUGGAGGACGUCCUGGGGCUACCAAAUUGAUGGUUGUGGUAACAGAUGGAGAGUCACAUGAUAAAACACUGAGGGACAAAGUUAUCACGGCAUGUGAUAACCAAAAUAUAACUCGCUUUGGCAUUGCGGUGCUUGGAUAUUACCUGAGAAAUGACAUUGACACAAGUAAACUGAUUGCUGAGAUUAAGUCAAUAGCCAGUUUACCAACAGAUAAAUACUUUUUCAAUGUGUCUGAAGAGGCAGCACUUUUAGAGAUCGUUGGAACUCUCGGUGAUCGAAUCUUCAACAUCGAAGGUGUUGGAAAAGGUGUUGCGGAUUUCACAAUGGAAAUGUCCCAAGUGGGAUUCAGUGCACACCAGACCAAAAAUAAGGAUUUGAUAAUACUGGGUGCAGCUGGAGCUUAUAAUUGGAUUGGGACUGUUGUUCACCAAACUUCUCAGAAAGUAGACAUUUUCCCCAGAAGUGCUUUUGAGAAAAUCCUGGAGGACAGAUAUCACAGUUCUUUACUCGGAUAUUCUGUCACCACUUUGAAUGAUGGAUCGUCUGAAUUGUAUGUGGCCGGUGCUCCUCGCUCCAUUCAUAAAGGACAGGUUAUAGUGUACACCAUCAACAUCCAGAGACAACCCGUCAUUGUAGAUUCACAGCGAGGAGAGCAGAUCGGGUCUUAUUUUGGUAGUGUUCUCUGUCCUGUUGAUGUGGAUUCUGAUGGUGUUACUGAUCUGCUGCUGGUUGGAGCUCCAAUGUUCAUGAGUGAAGAGAAGUUUGAAACAGGGAGAGUCUACCUGUUCUCCAUUACCAAGGGUACCUUGAGUAACCAGGGUUUCUUGGAGGGUUCUCAGAAGAACGCUCAGUUUGGCAUGGCCAUCACUGCUGUUCCAGAUCUUAACCUGGACAGCUUCACUGAUGUGGUGGUUGGAGCUCCAUUGGAAGGCAACGGCCAAGGUGCCAUUUAUAUCCACUAUGGAGACAGAAAAACCAUCAGAAAGCAGAGCUCACAGAAAAUUCUUGGAUGGAAAUUGGAUCCAGGAUUGAAGUUCUUUGGGCGUUCUCUAGAUGGCAGUGGGGAUAUGAAUGGCGACUCGGUCCCAGAUGUGUCUGUUGGGGGUUUUGGGAAGGUGGUCCAACUCUGGAGCAGAGGAAUUGCAGUUGUCACAGCAAAGGUUUCCUUCACCCCUGAUAAGAUCAAUAUUCUGAGUAAACCCUGUCGCUACGGUGGACGACAGGUAUCUUGCUUCAAAGCUAAAGUCUGUUUCAGUGCAACAUUCAGACCGACAAAUCCAGUGGGGCCAGUGGACAUUAAGUACAACCUGACCCUGGAUGCUGAUUUGCAGUCUUCUCGAGUAAGCUCUAGAGGUUAUUUCAGCAACUCUGAUCGAGUCAUCCAGAAAGACCUCAGCGUUGAUGUAAAGGACACAUGUGAAGAGCAUGACGUCUAUGUGCAGGAGACCCCUGACUUGGUCAACUCGAUUGCUCUGCGUGUGGACAUUUUUCUUAGUCAUCCAGAUGCCAACCCCGUUCUAGACAUCUUCAGCCCUAAUGUGUGGCUGUUUUUUAUCCCAUUCUCAAAGGACUGUGGCCCAGAUGAAGUUUGCUUCAGUGACUUGGUACUGAGUGUGGAGAGCGAAGAGGGGAUUGGCAAAACUCCACUAGUGGUCAGCCAAAACAAAAGAAGACUCUCUUUCACUGUGACAGUAAUGAACAGAAAGGAAAAUGCCUACAAUGCAAGAGUGUCUGCCAGCUACUCCAGUAACCUGUUCUAUGCUUCUGUUAUACCACUGAUUGAAGGAACAGAGGUAAAGUGCACUUUGAUGAAAGAAUCUGAUACACUCAUUUGCCAAGUGAGUUAUCCAGUCCUGAGAAUGGACCAAUCGGUUACAUUUGUGAUCAACUUUGACUUUAACUUAAAUCAGCAACAAAAAGAUGCCAAAGUUGUCUUUGAAGCCUUAAGUGACAGCACAGAAGAAACUCCUGCUGAUAAUAAAAUCCAUGUCUCCAUUCCUGUCCAAUACAACUCUGAGAUCAUCCUUAGCAGAGAAGCAAAUUUAAAUGUUUAUUUACUUGAAAAAGAGGAUGAUGUUGCAACCACAAUGAUGACCUACAAGGACAUUGGCCCAGAUUUUAACUUCAAUCUGAAGGUUUCUACUGGAACAAUUCCUGUCAGUCUUGUUUACCUCACUGUCUCACUGCCAAACAGCACUAAAGCAGGAAACCCCCUCCUGUAUGUGACCUCGGUUAGAAAGUCACCUGCUGAAAAAAUAUAUUGUGUGGACAACAAUCUGAUUGACCCAUAUAAGAUCAGUGAAAAACCUUAUUCACUCAGAUUAACUGAGGAGAGUUUUAGAGGAACAAAAGAACUGAACUGUAAAACUGCAUUGUGCCAGUCAAUGAAAUGCUCCCUGAAGGACUUAGAAGAGAUGAAUGAUUACUAUGUGAAUGUAACUACAAAAAUAUGGAAUGUUACCUUUGCAAAGGCUGAUUUCCUGUCUGUCUUACUCUCUGUGAGAGCUGAAAUAGAGACGUCUAAACCAGAAUUGCUGUUCAUUGAACAGAAACACCUGCAGGUUGAAGUCACAGUGAGCAAACCUGGAGCUAAAGGGGACGUUCCACUUGGUGUUGUUAUGGGCAGCAUUAUUGGUGGUCUGUUGUUGCUGGCUCUUGCCGUCGCAUUGCUUUGGAAGCUGGGUUUCUUCAAGAGGAAGUAUCAUCCGAUGAAGAACACAGAGAAUGGAACAGAAACUCAGGAACUGCAGGAAAACACUCCGUGAGACACCAAGAGAUCAGCAGAGAUUUCUUUGGCAACCUCUGGUUCAUUGCUUCUUUUCAU